GUCAUCGGAUAACUCGUCGCCCUGCCGCCCCGGCGGCCCCAACUCCCAAGCCCAAGCAGCAAAAUGCCGGCGGCGACGUCGCUCCCGGCACGGGCACCGGCGCCGUCAGCGGCGCGGCGCAGGAGGUCCUCCCGCGCGGCGGUGGUUUCGGCGUCGUCGUCGCUGCGCCGGGCCGCGUCGGGCGGGGGCUCGAGCUGGCGGAGCGAGCGGCGGCUCAUGUCGGAGCUGGACCGCACGGUGACGUCCGGCGCGGCGGAGCGCGUCAUCCGCGGCUACGUCGGCACAAAAUCCGAGCGCGCCGCCCUCGCCGCGCUCUCCCGCCUCCUCAUCGACUCCGACCCCCUCGCCAUUCCCUUCUACGAGGCGGUGACGCAGGCGCGGUGGUUCAAGUGGAGCUCGAUCCACGCGGCGGGGGUCGCGGCGCUGCUCGAAGCCACAGGCGGCGCGGAGGAGUCCAGAUCCCUCGUCGCCGGCUCCGCCGCGCGCCUCCAGUGCCCCUCCGAGGUCGCCCUCUUCUACUGCGACCUCAUGGCCGCCUUCUCCUCCCGCGGGCUCAAUCGCCGGGCCAUGGAUUUCUACGCGCAGCUCCGGGCGAUGCCUCCGCCGGCGCUCUCCGGGUCUGGCGCCGGCGGCGGCGGCGGUGGCAGGAUCUACAUGGCCAUGAUCAAGUCCCUGUGCCUCAUGGGCCUCGCCGCCGAGGCCGAGGAGGCGCUCAGGGAGAUGGUCUCUCUGGGGCACAAGCCUGAUGCGUUUCAGUUUGGAUUGGUGGCGAAAUGCUAUGGGAAGGCAGGGCAGUUGGCUGAGAUGGAGAGGGUGAUUGCGUCCAUGUCGGACGCUGGUAUCCGGCUCGGCACUGGCGCGGCCAACAUUGUCCUCUCAUGCUACAGCGCGUGCCGUGAUCAUGGCAAGAUGCUAAUGUGGCUGAAGAGGAUGAGGAAGCUGCGCAUUGCGCCGACUACAAAAGCCUACAAUUUUGUGCUCAACUCGUGCACGACGGUGGUUAAGAUGGCUCGAGAAUUGGGGCCCUCGCUCCCGUUGUCAUCGGCGCAGCUGGUGAAGAAGCUCAGGUCUGGAUCUCCAUGGCCGGCAGAAGCUGAUGUUGUGCAGGAGCUUCUGGCAGCCUCGUCGGUGCUGGACAAGGCGAUGAAUUGGUCAGAAAAUGAGGUGAAGCUGAACCUGCAUGGGUUCAGUGUAACUUCAGCCUAUGUGCUGAUGCUGCAGUGGGUGGACGCGAUUAAGGGGGGCCGUGCAUUGCCAUUGGAGGUUUCUGUGGUGUGCGGCGUCGGGAAGCACAGCGAUGUCCGUGGCGAACCCAAAGUGCGGGAGCUGGCGCAAGAGGUUCUGAGCCGGACGGGGAGCCCCCUGCGGCUGUCUGCAAGGAACAAAGGCCGGCUUGUGGCGAAACGAGACAGAGUGAAGCAAUGGCUGACCACUGAGUGGACUUCUCCGUUGCUUGAGGAGAGCACCGAUCAAUCGUCCAGUACGAGUGAUCAGCAACCAUUUUUACCAAAGCUUUUGAGAAAACUCGGACAGAUGUUUUCCUCUUUUGUGUCAGUUUCUAGAUGAAUGGCGAAAUGUUCUUUGUAAUUUAGGCAGCUCAGACUUCAGAAUAGGCAUACUGAAUGAUACAAAAAUGCCUUCUAAUCCUAGUUCUGAUGGUGAAUGAAAUGUUAUGCCUCAA